AUGGGCCUCAAGGACAAUCCCGAGCAGUUGGCCAAAGCUUUCGUCCCUCUGCUGAAGGCCCGCGAGAAGCAAGCUCCUGGGGGACAGAAAAACGGGACAAUGAAUGUCGGUUUUGGCGGGUCGAAGCUCUCAAAUUUUGCUGAUCUGUCCCGUUUACUCUGUCCCACAGGAGGCAAGGUAGAUGCACUGCCUACGACGUCCAAAAAGUCGCGCGGUUCUGCCACUAAUAUAAUCGCCGAGGAAUGGAGGGUGAGCGACACCAUCCUAAGGUGGUCCAGCUCGAACUUGGUGAGGAUGAGACGGAUGUUGUACGCGAAUGCGUCUAUGAGAAGCUUCACCGACGGAAUCGUCUUCAGAAUCGUGGUCAAACUCGUCAGCAGCUUGAGACUGGGCUUCCUGAAAGACUUGGCGCACUGA